AUGGCGAGGACCUGCGCUACAGGACUAGACGGACGCCCACCGUGUGGUUCAGAAAUUAUAGCAGCAUUAUUGUUGACAGAGAUUUCCGGUCCAUUCCUACACUUGUGGGAGAUUCUCAAAGAGCUUGGAUACAAAGACACCGACCUUAAUCUUACUGCUGAUGUAUUAUUUGCAGUUAUUUUCAGCAGUGCUAGGAUGAUAGGGGGGCCAUAUCUUACCUUUGUGACGCUUUCUUCUGAUAAUCCAAUCCUCAUUAAGGUCAUGUCUAUCGGACUGCAACUUGUUAGUGCUUUUUGGUUCUAUAAGAUUGCUAGGAUGAUAAUGUACAAAUUCUCUCGAAGAACUAAAGCUAAAACUUCUCCUUCAAAUAUGUAAUUUGCUCAAUUUUUUUACUGUACAACAAUUCAAACUCUUAGGUAUCAAACACUAGCGUUUGAAGAGAAACAAAGCCAUUCCUUUCCAUUACAUUACAUUCCUAAGAGAUUAACAAAAAGA